GCACUGGGUACAUGAAAUUCUCACAAGCCAACAACCAAACUCUUCAUUGAUGGGAAGUUUGUUGAGUCCAAAACUACUGAGUGGAUUGAUAUCCACAACCCAGCCACAAAUGAAGUGGUUGGCCGUGUACCAAAAGCCACAGCCAGUGAGAUGGAGGCAGCUGUGGCUUCUUGCAAAAAGGCUUUUUGGAACUGGUCAGAAACAUCUGUUUUGAGUCGCCAGCAGGUCUUCCUGCGUUAUCAACAACUCAUCAAAGACAAUCUGAAAGAAAUUUCAAAACUCAUCACCUUUGAGCAAGGGAAGACCCUGGCUGAUGCUGAGGGAGAUGUGUUCCGAGGCCUCCAGGUGGUUGAACAUGCUUGCAGCGUGACAUCACUCAUACUGGGAGAGACCAUGCCCUCCAUCACUAAAGACAUGGACACUUACACCUACCGUCUGCCUCUGGGUGUCUGUGCUGGAAUUGCACCAUUCAACUUCCCAGCCAUGAUUCCUCUUUGGAUGUUCCCCAUGGCUAUGGUUUGUGGAAACACCUUCUUGAUGAAACCAUCUGAGCGUGUACCAGGGGCACUCAUGUUCCUUGCCAAGCUGUUUCAGGAUGCUGGUGCCCCCGAUGGGACCCUGAAUAUCAUCCACGGACAACAUGAAGCUGUGAAUUUCAUUUGUGACCAUCCGGAUAUCAGAGCAAUCAGCUUUGUGGGAUCUAAUCAGGCUGGCGAGUACAUCUAUGAGAGAGGAUCCCGGAAUGGCAAGAGAGUCCAGGCCAACAUGGGAGCCAAGAACCACGGUGUGGUGAUGCCUGAUGCCAAUAAAGAGAACACCUUGAACCAGCUGGUUGGAGCUGCUUUUGGAGCAGCUGGCCAACGCUGCAUGGCCCUGUCUACAGCAAUUCUAGUGGGAGAAGCUCAGAAAUGGCUGCCAGAGCUUGUGGACAGAGCCAAAAAUCUACGGGUAAAUGCAGGAGACCAGCCUGGAGCAGAUCUUGGGCCUCUAAUCAGUCCCCAAGCUAAGGAACGGGUUUGCCAUCUGAUUGAGAAAGGAGUAAAAGAAGGUGCCAGCCUUCUUCUGGAUGGGCGUAAUAUCAAAGUGAAGGGCUAUGAAAAUGGCAAUUUUGUUGGACCAACGAUCCUGGCCAAUGUCAAGCCAAGCAUGACUUGCUACAAGGAGGAAAUCUUUGGGCCCGUGUUAGUGGUUCUGGAAGCAGACACUUUGGAUGAUGCCAUUGAGAUGGUGAACAACAACCCCUAUGGAAAUGGAACUGCAAUCUUCACCACCAAUGGAGCCACAGCUCGGAAAUAUUCUCACUUAGUAGAUGUGGGUCAGGUGGGCGUCAACGUUCCGAUCCCAGUACCUCUGCCCAUGUUCUCUUUCACCGGUUCUCGUGCUUCUUUCAGAGGAGACACCAAUUUCUAUGGCAAGCAGGGAGUGCAGUUCUACACACAGCUGAAAACUAUCAUUUCUCAAUGGAAAGAGGAAGAUGCCACCGUCACCAAGCCUGCUGUGGUUAUGCCAACUAUGGGAAACUAAAUCUGCCUUUACAGAUGCUUUUCUUGUUGCCCUUCUCCUUCUGUGCUGCACUUUCCAGCUUUGUCCUGACUAUCAUCAUUUCCUUGGGAAUGAAUAGAAAGCUCCAUU